AUGGCAAGUGCAGCUGUCGGAACUAAUCCGGAAAAUACUUCCAAAUUUUUGGAAUCGCUGCAAGCUGACUUAAAAGUCCUUGCUUCUGAGUCGAAGAAGAAAUAUCCACAAAUUAAAGAAUCAUGUGAAGAAGGAAUUGCAAAAAUAAGGACAGCUUCAAAUACAUCAUGUGCUCCUAUUUAUUACAUUGUUAAUCAAAUCUUGUAUCCUUUGGUUCAAGGUUGUGAAAGUAAAGAUGUAAAAAUUAUUAAGUUUUGUUUAAGUAUGAUGCAAAGGUUAAUUACUCAACAAGCUGUUGAUCAAAAAGGAGCUCGUUAUAUUACGGAUACAUUAUGGAUGCUGAUGGAAUCAGGAACAGAAGAAGUUAAAGUUUUGCAGACUGUAACUCUCUUACUCACUAGUAACACUAUUGUUCAUGGUGAAACACUUGCAAGGAAUCUGGUUCUUUGUUUUCGUCUACAUUUUACAAAAGAUUCUACAACAAUUAAUACAGCAGGAGCCACAGUAAGACAAUUAGUGUCAUUAGUUUUUGAGCGUGUUGUUGCAGAGAAUGAACAAAGCCCUGAUAAUGAGGAUUCAGAUGAAAUAAAUUUGGAGGAAUUAAAAAUUGCUACUAAUCAGGCACCAAAAGGUUUAGGACCAUGUGCUGCUGAUGCAUACUUAAUGUUCCAAGACUUAGUACAGUUAGUAAAUGCAGAUCAACCUUACUGGUUAAUUGGAAUUACAGAAAUGACACGUACGUUUGGAUUGGAAUUGUUAGAAUCUGUUUUAACAAAUUUUUCAUCAGUAUUUUUUAAGGUAUAUAAUCACAAUAAUACUUAAUAUUUAAAUAAACCAUGAAGUUUCAAUUUUACGUUUCUUUCUAAUAUUAAAUAUCGUAAUUCGGUUCCAGCAUCGCUGCAACAAGCUACCCCUUUAGAUAAACCUUAUUUUCCUAUUAGCAUGAGACUCCUUCGAGUUGUUUCUAUCUUGAUACAGAAGUAUCAUUCACUUUUGGUAACAGAAUGUGAAAUAUUUUUAUCUUUAAUUGUUAAAUUUUUGGAUCCUGAUAAACCAACAUGGCAAAGAGCUUUAGCUUUGGAGGUUUUACAUAAGAUGACAGUACAAUCUGAUCUCCUUACAAACUUCUGUGAAUGUUAUGACUUGAAACCUCAUGCAACCAAUAUUUUUCAAGACAUUGUCAAUAGUUUAGGUGCUUAUGUACAUAGCCUUUUUGUUAAUCCUCAAAUGAUAAAUCAAACCAAUAUGGCAACAGGUACAACGAUACCACAAAAUACAACUUCUCCGUUAUUCACGGGAAUGCCUAUAGGACCUGGUGUUUCACCACAACCUGGUUUUUAUUCGCGUGGUAUUUGGUUGCCAGUAGUUGCGACAUUCACAAGUGGCCAAGCUAAAUCCACGUAUUUGGAUAUGCUUGAUAAGGUUGACCCACCACAGAUUCCUAUUGGCUAUGGAAUAAGUAUAGCUUAUGCAUGUUUAUUAGACAUUAUACGUUCCAUAGCUCUCGCCAUUAAUGGAUCCAGUGAAGUUGUAACUGGAAAUCAAUCUUACAAACCAAGUGAAUUUGAACGAAAACUUCACACCCAACUCAUUAAUUCUAGUUGGUGCGGUUUACUAGCAGCAUUAAGUCCCCUUAUAGAUGCAAGCACCGAUGAAUCUGCAACGGAAAAUGUAUUAAAAGCAAUUCAAACUUUUGCUUCACUGUGUGGACAAUUGGAGUUGCAAACGCCACGCGACGCGUUUAUUACUGCGAUAUGUAAGGCAUCAUUACCCCCUCAUUAUGCCUUGACUGUGUUGUACAAUGCUCCUCAGGGUAUACCGACUGCAAGGCAACAAGAAUCAACUCAGUACAAUGUAACUAUUGGUGAACCUGAUUAUAGGCAACAAGUAGUAGCUGUUGGUACUCCACUACCUACUGCAUCUCUGCCAGUUGGUGCACACCAAGGUCCAGUUAUGUUAACAGCAAAGAAUUUACAAUGCAUGCGUGCAUUACUAUCACUUGCACAUUGCCAUGGAAGCAUACUGGGUGGUGCAUGGCACUUGGUACUUACAACCUUACAGCAUCUUGUCUGGAUACUUGGUUUGAAACCUUCUACAGGGGGAUCCUUGAAAGCUGGAAGAACUGCUGCUGAUCCAAAUGCAGUACUUACAAAUGCAGUUAUGGCAGAUUUGCCUGUACUUAGCGCCAUGCUUAGCAGGCUAUUUGAAAGUAGUCAACAUCUUGAUGAUGUAGCUUUACAUCAUCUGAUAGAUGCACUUUGUAAAUUAAGCCAUGAAGCUAUGGAAUUAGCUUACUCUAAUAGAGAACCCUCUCUGUUUGCUGUGGCUAAACUUCUAGAAACUGGUUUGGUAAACUUACCUCGGGUAGAAGUUUUAUGGAGACCAUUAACAAAUCACUUGCUGGAAGUUUGUCAACAUCCACACAUUCGUAUGAGAGAAUGGGGAGUCGAAGCUAUUACGUAUCUUGUAAAAAUGGCACUUCAGCACAAAUAUCCACAACCUUUGCGCGAUAAUCAAAAGUUGCAGACUUUACUUCUAGGACCAUUAUCAGAAUUAUCAUCGGUACGUCAUGGGGAUGUAAGGCAGCGGCAGUUGGAGUGUGUUUUACAAGUUUUGCACGGAGCUGGAGAAACAUUGUAUCAUGGUUGGCCUUUAGUACUUGGUAUUAUUGGAGCAGUAUCUGAUCACCAUGGGGAAGCUUUAGUUCGCAUAGCAUUUCAGUGUUUACAAUUGGUAGUAACCGACUUUCUACCAGUGAUGCCUUGGCGGUGUCUUCCACUUUGUGUCGACACAGCUGCCAAAUUUGGUUCCCAAACACAGGAAUUAAAUAUUUCGUUAACCGCUGUUGGAUUAAUGUGGAAUAUAAGUGAUUAUUUUUAUCAAAAUCAAGAGAAACUCUGUGUAUCUUUGAAAGGAGAUUCAUCUUCUGUAUUUCCGGAUUUUCCUGGUACAACAAACAUGCCACCUUUUGACAAACUUUGGAUGUGUCUAUAUGCAAGAUUAGGUGACUUAUGCGUAGACCCUCGACCCGCAGUGCGCAAAUCAGCCAGCCAAACUCUGUUUUCUACAAUAUCUGCACAUGGUAGUUUAUUGCAUCAGCCAACAUGGCAAGCUGUACUUUGGCAAGUUCUUUUUCCAUUAUUGGAUAAAGUAAGAAGUUUAUCUAAUUCUGCUAGUAGUGAAAAAGUUGAUACUAGUGGAAACAUACUUAUUCAUCACAGCAGAAAUACAGCGCAAAAGCAAUGGGCAGAAACACAAGUAUUGACAUUGAGUGGUGUUGGAAGAGUGUUUAAUACAAAACGUCAACUGUUACAAAUGUUAGGCGAUUUCCCUAGAGCUUGGUCUCUUUUGUUAGAAUUUAUAGAAAAUUCUGCGCUUAGUAAAAAUAACGAGGUAUCGCUAGCAGCUUUAAAAUCAUUUCAAGAAAUUUUGUACCUUCAAAAAGGGAGUGACAAUAAUGAAGUUAUUCAAUCAAACGAUUCAGAAGCAUUAUGGAUCGUUGCAUGGCGUGUGUGGCUUAAUAUCGGAAUGGAAAGUACAACGCCACCGCAAGAAGGGGAAACGGAACCUUAUGUACCAUCACAAGCAUUUUUAACAGCCUUGGUUCAUAUAUUUCCAGCUGUUUUUCAACACAUCAGAAACAAAUUCACUGGUCCAGAUUUACAAAAGCUCUGUAUCGUGCUGAAAAAUGCAGUCGCAGUUCCGGUACAUGGUGAAUCAACACCAUACAUUUUACCGACGAUACCGGAUGUGGUUCUUACUCAUUUACAGGACGGUGUACUUCAUUCCAUGGAGCUUUUGCAAAAAGAAGCACUAAAUGGGCCGGAUAACCUAAGAACAAUGAUCGUUUUAAUAUUCCUUCAGCUUUUGAGUUUUUCAAAAUUGGCUUGCGAAGCUCCCACUUAUGGUAAAAUACCAACAAAACACAUCUCCCAAAUUAGAGGUGUAUCCGCUGAUUGGGUAACUAUGAAUUACGUUCCUUUUGGAGAGAAAGCUCUAUCAAUGGUUGUAACACUAUACCAAAAGACGGCGCAUGAAAUGGCAGUCAUAGAUGGACAAGUUUUAAAGCAUAUUAUAGAAGCGUUGCACGUGCCUUUAUCAAUGAAGUACGCUUGCCCAUCGCCAACAACUUGGAAAUUAGCUGUAACUAGUCUGCUUGCCGUUUUACAUACCGGUUUACCCUUAGCCAGAAAGUAUGCAGAACAAUUUCAAAGUAUGUGGCCAGAACUUGCGAGUACGUUAGAUGACUUUCUGUUUCCAAAAAGUGUAUUGAAUGUGGAACGAGGUGUCGAAGAAAUUCAAGCGGAUGAAGCUGUAGAUUGUCAAGUGAUGGAGCUUUUACGAGAUGAAGUUUUACCACAUUCCCAACAUAUACCUCAUCAGUUUAUUUUACGAGUAGUUGUGCUUUUAAAUAAAGGUUCUAUUCAUUCAGCAACUACAACAAAUAUUGAAAAUAACGGUGAAACUAAGUUAAGAGAAGAAUUUGCAAAAACUUGUUUUGAAACAUUACUCCAAUUUUCUCUGUUGGAUGGAUUAAAUAACGAAUCAGAACAUGAUACAAAUAAAAAUCCUGAAAAUGAUGAAGGAGGUGUUGCUGGACGGUUGGCCGUCACUGCACUUCUUCAUAGGUUUCAAGAAGUUUUACGACGAUAUAUCGAAAAUGAGAGGCGAAGUGGAAAAUGUCCACUACCUAGGUACAGAUUAUCUGAAAUUUCAUUUGUUUUGAAAGCUGUUGCAACACUUGUGGUCUCCCUAAAGAAAGCACCUCCUAAUAAAGUUGAAAGAUCAGUAUGGGAGCAACUGAUUGGACUAUAUCCCUGUUUAGUAGAAUGCACGAUUGCUACGGCAUCAGGCCAAGUAUCAAGAUCUUUGCGGGAAGCUUUACUACAAUACCAUGAUUUAUUGAGACCACCGCUUCAUAGUUCCACAACAUCAAAUGGUGUUUGACCAUUGCAUUCUUUGCUUCUAACACGAAAUACCGUUUGCUACACCACCGAAUAGUGAACUUUUUGUAACUACAGCUACGUGUACAAUAAAUUUUGUCAUA